AAAAAAAAAAGGGGGAAAGCUCUCAAAAAACUAAUAAACGUUUUUGGGAUUGCAGUGCAAUAAUGAGUUAGUAUUUAUAUUUUCUGGGUAGCCAUUAAACUUGAAGAGAAGCCGUUCAGACAGGUACCUAGGAAUCUGGAGCUGUUCUCAAGUGUUUUUGGGCUGUUAUUGGAUUCAACAAGAUGUCUCAAACCAACUGGGAAGCUGAUAAAAUGUUAGAUGUGUAUAUCCAUGAUUAUUUAGUAAAGAGGGAUUUAAAGGCUUCAGCUCAGGCUUUUCAAGCUGAAGGAAAAGUAUCAUCAGAUCCUGUAGCUAUUGAUGCACCUGGAGGUUUUCUCUUUGAAUGGUGGUCUGUUUUCUGGGACAUAUUCAUUGCCAGGACUAAUGAGAAGCACUCAGAGGUUGCUGCAUCUUAUAUUGAGACACAGUUGAUUAAAGCGCGGGAGCAGCAGCAACAGCAACAGCAGCAGCAGCAACCUCAACAGCCUCAGCAUCAACAGCAACAGCAGCAGCAGCAACAACAACUGCAGAUGCACCAGCUUCUAUUGCAGAGGCAUGCUCAGCAGCAACAGCAGCAGCAACAGCAGCAACAGCAGCAGCAGCAACAGCAACAGCAGCAGCAGCAGCAGCAGCAGCAACAGCAACAGCAGCAGCAGCAGCAGCAGCAGCAGCAGCCCCAGCAGCGAAGGGAUGGCCCUCACCUCCUCAAUGGCAGUACAAAUGGACUUGUUGGAAAUGACUCUCUCAUGCGUCAGCCAGCUGGAACUGCUAAUGCCAUAGCGACAAAGAUGUAUGAGGAAAGAUUAAAAUUGCCACUUCCAAGGGAUUCUUUAGAUGAUGCAGCUAUAAAGCAAAGGUACGGAGAGAAUGUUGGCCAGCUUUUGGAUCCAAAUCAUGCCUCGAUAUUGAAGCCUGCAGCGGCAACUGGCCAACCUUCAGGGCAAGUAUUGCAUGGUACGGCUGGUGGUAUGUCUCCUCAAGUUCAAGCUCGAAGUCAGCAAUUGCCAGGCACAACACCGGACAUAAAGACUGAGAUAAAUCCAGUAUUGAAUCCCAGAGCUGCAGGUCCAGAUGGAUCUUUAAUUGGAAUUUCGGGGUCAAAUCAAGGCGGAAAUAAUUUGACUUUGAAAGGAUGGCCAUUAACGGGUCUGGACCAACUGCGCACUGGGCUCCUUCAGCAGCAAAAACCUUUUAUACAGGCUCCGCAGCCCUUUCAUCAACUUCAGAUGUUGACACCACAGCAUCAGCAGCAACUCAUGCUUGCUCAGCAAAAUCUGACAUCACCAUCUGGCAGUGAUGAAAAUAGGAGAUUGAGAAUGCUGUUGAAUAAUAAUCGGACCAUGGGCCUUGGAAAGGAUAGCCUUUCUAAUUCUGUUGGUGACGUGGUUCCAAAUGUAUCACCUUUGCAGGCAGGCAGUCCUCUCGUGUCUCGGGGAGAUACAGAUAUGCUAAUUAAGUUAAAAAUGGCUCAGUUGCAGCAACAGCAACAGCAACUGCAACAGCAACAGAACAGUAACUCACAGCAGCAGCAACUUCAGCAGCAUGCACUCUCAAAUCAGCAAUCACAGAGUUCUAAUCCAAGUUUACAUCAACAAGAUAAAGUUGGUGGAGGUGGAAGUGUCACUGUGGAUGGUGGCAUGUCAAACUCAUUUCGAGGGAAUGAUCAGGUUUCAAAAAACCAGAAUGGAAGAAAGAGAAAACAGCCCGUGUCUUCUUCAGGCCCUGCCAAUAGCUCAGGGACAGCAAACACAGCUGGACCUUCGCCAAGUUCAGCACCAUCCACGCCAUCAACACACACCCCUGGAGAUGUGAUUUCAAUGCCUGCCCUGCCUCAUAGUGGCAGUUCUUCCAAGCCUCUGAUGAUGUUUGGCACUGAUGGUGCUGGCACACUUACAUCACCAUCAAAUCAGUUGUGGGAUGAUAAAGAUCUUGAAUUGCAGGCUGAUAUGGACCGAUUUGUGGAGGAUGGAUCUCUUGAUGAUAAUGUUGAGUCUUUUUUAUCCCAUGAUGAUACGGAUCCUAGAGAUACCGUUGGCCGAUGUAUGGAUGUCAGUAAAGGUUUCACAUUUAUGGAAGUAAGUUCUGUUCGAGCAAGCACAAGCAAAGUUACUUCUUGUCAUUUCUCAUCAGACGGAAAGUUACUUGCUAGUGGUGGCCAUGAUAAAAAGGCUGUAUUAUGGUAUACAGACACUUUGAAGCCAAAGUCUACGCUUGAAGAACAUUCAUCUUUAAUUACUGAUGUUCGUUUCAGUCCAAGCAUGUCACGCCUUGCAACAUCUUCAUUUGACAAAACUGUCAGAGUUUGGGAUGCCGACAGUCCUGGUUAUUCACUUCGUACCUUUAUGGGACAUUCUGCUACUGUUAUGUCACUUGACUUCCACCCAAGCAAGGAUGAUCUUAUCUGCUCUUGUGAUGGUGAUGGUGAAAUACGAUACUGGAGUAUCAACAAUGGGAGCUGUGCAAGAGUAUUCAAGGGUGGUACAGCCCAGUUGAGAUUUCAACCUCGCCUUGGAAAGUAUCUUGCUGCAGCUGCAGAGAAUGUUGUAUCUAUAUUGGACACAGAAACUCAAACCUGUCGACAUUCAUUGCAGGGACACACUAAACCAAUACAUUCUGUAUGCUGGGACCCUUCGGGUGAGCUUCUAGCAUCUGUCAGUGAGGACUCUGUCAGAGUUUGGACACUUGGAUCAGGGAGUGAAGGGGAAUGUGUUCAUGAAUUGAGCUGUAAUGGGAACAAGUUUCACUCUUGUGUUUUCCAUCCUACAUAUCCAUCAUUGCUGGUCAUUGGCUGUUACCAGUCUUUGGAGCUAUGGAAUAUGACGGAGAAUAAGACUAUGACGUUGGCAGCUCAUGAAGGACUAAUAGCUGCAUUGGCUGUAUCACCUGUGACAGGGCUGGUUUCUUCUGCCAGCCAUGACAAGUUUGUCAAAUUGUGGAAGUGAUACGAUUGCUAGCCAGAUGAAAUACACAUCAGUGUUUUUAAUCAGCAACAAUUGUUAGUUUGUGGCUGUUGUGGUUGCUCAAUGUGUCCAUUUUGUGGUUUGUCCCAAUUUUAGCUCCGCAUAACCGUAGUAACUAACCUUGUCUCUUGUGUGCAUGCUUAUGUAACCUUGUGUCGUUAAAUCGUUAAUUUGGACAUUCCUGCUUUAAGUUAAUUAGCAUUUUCCAAAAUUUUUUUGUCA